AUGGAGCUCUUCCCUGAAAGUAAACAAGUUGGAAAUGUUUUCUCAAAAAUUGGUUUCCCCUUUUCGAGACGCUUGCAACGAACAAUAGCACGGAUACCAAUCACAAUAUUUUUCAAAACCUUAAAAAAUAUGAAGAAGAGUGGAGAACGGUGGAGAAAAAUGGCCGAAAUCGCUUAUUCCUUUUGUUUGAUUGCCAAAGCCGAGGACAUAAUACUUGAUUUAAUGAUGUUUAGGGUCCUCGACGAGGAUCAAAUCUUAAAGAUUACGGAGGCCAACCAACAUUAGAAGCAUCUAUAAAUUAACCGGAUUAAUAUUCUCAUCAUUAUCUUUAUUGAAUUCAUCUAUUCCAAAAUGCCUUAAAGUGAAACAUAUUGUUAUUGUUAUUGGCGACGUAAUAAAGUUACCUAUCAUGA